AUGAUCCUUUUUGUAAACCUGGAAAGGCUAAAUUUGUUUGAAUAUGAGUGGACAAGGAAAGAAAGAAGUACGCGACCUGAAUAUAAACUACAAAGAUUGCUGGGAUUGAGGGACGUACUUAAUCAUCUCCUGAUGCCAAGAGGAAACUUCCCAGAUUACUUGGAAGCAGACAAAGAAACUCGAUUUGCUGUUAUAAGUUUCUUGACAUUUAAGGAUGCCUUUCAAUUAUACUCUUCGCAAAUAUUAUUUGAACAAGUUGAUGAAAGUAGAUUCACUCUUGACAUCCUGGAUGAACAGAUCGGACUUUCAGUGAACAUUGUCAAGAUAGUAAAUGUUAGAUACAUAGUUCUUAAGAACAUAGUAGAUUUACCAGGUUUACUGAUUCAUAGUAAACAACUUCAGGAACAAAGCAAGGAUAACCAACAGGAAAGAUUCCAUUUAGGCAAGAACACUCUGAAACAGAUUACACGAACUAUGGACACAGAGUACGAUCACAACAUUGCAAAAUGGAUCUUUUCUGUGAAUAUGUCCCAUUCACAAAUGAGAAAGGCGGGUGUUGACCCACAAAAGGUUGUACGACAAACAGAUAAGAAUUUAAAGAUUAUAGAAGAAUGUGAAAGUGCAGUUGUUGAAGCCCAAACUAAGGUAGAGCAAAAGCUAAAAGAGAAAACAAAGUGCAUUCAAGAGAAAGUAGAAGAACGACAGAAUCAAGUCAAUAAACGAAAACGCACUUGGGAUCAAACUGUUCUUGACGAGCUUGAAGAUGAGAUUGAAGAUCUCCAAAACCAUAAAGCAAAGUUGGAAGACAAACUUAAAAGCCCUGAUUCAACUAGCUUUAAGUUAAAA